AUUUCAUUACAGGUUUUUAAGCAACGUUAGGAUGUAAAAAAUAACGUUGCAAAUGUAAAAUGGACUUAAACUGUUCCUGAGUCAUUAAAUCAAAAACAUGAGCAGGCAAUCGUCAAACAUUGUGAGUGUUGCUGGAAAUGAAAGGCAAGUAGAAGGAAUGGCUGCGGGAUUGGCGUGUGCUUCUGGUAAUGAGUUGGAUCUUGCAAGUUUGUUUGAAUGUCCAGUUUGUUUCGACUACGUGCUACCUCCAAUCCUACAAUGCCAGAGUGGACACCUCGUGUGCACAAACUGCCGUCCAAAAUUAACAUGUUGCCCUACUUGCCGUGGUGCACUCGGUAACAUAAGAAACUUAGGGAUGGAAAAGGUCGCGAUGACAGUUGACUUCCCUUGCAAAUACGCAGCCUCUGGAUGUGAGGUAACUCUCAGGUACAUACAGAAGCCAGAACACGAGGAAACUUGUGAAUAUCGACCGUAUUCAUGCCCCUGUCCCGGUGCUUCGUGCAAAUGGCAAGGGUCAUUAGACCAAGUCAUGCCACACUUAAUGACUGCACACAAAUCAAUCACAAAUUUGCAGGGCGAAGACAUUGUGUUUCUUGCUACUGAUAUUAACUUACCUGGAGCUGUGGAUUGGGUGAUGAUGCAAUCCUGUUUCGGACAUCAUUUUAUGCUUGUGCUUGAAAAACAGGAAAAGUUAGAUGGCCACCAACAAUUUUUUGCUAUCGUGCAGCUCAUUGGAACAAGAAAGCAAGCUGAAAAUUUUGCAUACAGGUUGGAGUUAAAUGGCCCGAAGCGCAGAUUGACAUGGGAAGCUACCCCACGCUCAAUACAUGAGGGUGUUUCAUCUGCAAUAAUGAACAGUGAUUGUCUUGUGUUUGAUUCAGCUAUUGCUCACAUGUUUGCUGACAAUGGAAACCUUGGCAUAAACGUUACAGUAUCAAUGUGUAACUGUUCAUGAGGGUUUAGAUAUCUUACAUAUAUUUUAAGGCAUGAUGUUUUUAUCAUGCCUGGUUAUCCCAUAUACUACAAGAAGCAGUGUAAACCCAGAUGCAAAAUAGAAGUGCACUAAUUCAUGACAAAAUGAACUUGUGAUCAAACAUGAAUUAAAAUCUGUUGAAAAUUGCUUGACUAUUUAUAUUUGCACAGUUCUUGGAUACUUUUCAUUAUUCAAAAAGUAUUUUGUAUUUACACAUUAAAGAUGAUAAAAUAUUAUCAUAUUUGAAGAUAUUUUAUUGUUUUUUAGAUACAACAACCGAGUUCCCAACUCCAUUAAUUUUAAUUUUUCACCAUUAUAUUGGAUGUUUAUUAGCAUUUGUUUGCAAUUUCUUGGUAUUAUUAUAUUGGUGUAGUUAGUUUUGUCUACCUUUUACUGAAACUUUCACCUAAACACAUGUUGUCAGUGUUGAGGUAUUUUCUGAAUUAAACUUGUGCUCUGACAGA